AACUCAAUACAUCGCCUGUAGCCCCAACAUAGCCUAUCGCCCCAAGGCCACCGUAUUAUUCUAACGGUGUUUUAAAGUCCUGGUGUACUUCUACUCAAGUGGUUUUAUCCCUGGUACCCCAUCUAGAACAGCCCAACACAGCCAAUAGAGAAGCUAAAAAAAUUGUUAACCUGUCAUCGCACAACCAACUAAUAUAAUACAAUUAUUUCCUACCAUAAUUAUUCUCAUUAUCCUCGACCACCUCCUUCUUGUAUUCAUCCUUCUUUCAAAGUACGAAUACAAUACUGUGUCCUGAUACUUAGGUGACAUAUCUUCUUUUCUUUUGGUCCUUGAAUUAAUUGAACAUUUAUUUUGUUCAAUAAAUCUCUCAAGGAAAUAAGAAAAAGCUUUUAAUAGCUUGUUCAUAAUCCCAAUCAAAAAAUGGCAGAUAUUGCAAAACCAACCUCUGCGACCAAAGCAGAUGAGGGAGCUAAAAAAGAGGUUCAAUCGCGACCAGUCAAACCAGAUGAAGCAGUUUUCAAAGCAAAAUUAGCCCAAGCUGAGAAAGAGCACAAGCAAAGUGUGGAAAAAGCUGUGAGUGGAAUCUACAUAACAACUCUCAUGGCAUUAUUUAUAUCUUCCUGCACAUCGGCAUGCUGCAUUGUCCGGACGACCAGUUACUAAUACCAUUUUAAUGCAGGCUGCCGCAAAAGCAAAGUUGGAUGUUGCGCAACCAAACAAGAAUAAGGAUUCCCCAGCUGCGAAGCAUAGAAGCAAUCUGAUCAGUCAGUUGAAGGAGAUUAAGGAACAACAAGGUGCUGGAAAAGCCGGUCGUUUACAAGUCUUUGACCAAAUCAAGAAGCUUGAUGAGCAAAUUAAGGCCAAGGUUAAUGAGCAAAAGGUUGCCAAGGGAAAGGUUGGAUUCAAGAAUGUGGAUGAACUAGACCGGGAGAUCGACAGAUUACAGAAGCAAGUUGAUGCUGCUACUAUGAAAAUUGUUGAUGAGCGCAAGACACUUACCGAAAUCUCCAACCUUCGUAAGCAACGCAAGGGAUUCGCUGGAUUUGACGACACCGAGAAGUCAAUUGAGGCCUUGAAAACCAAGAGAAAGAAUCUCCAGGAUACGCUUGAUGAUCCAGAAAGCAAGGCAUUAUCUGAAAAAUACUCGAAGCUUCAAGGUGAAUUGGAUAUUUUGAAGGCCGAGCAAGAUGAUGCUUUCAAGAACUUUGGAGCUCUCAAGGCCGAGAAGGAUAAAUUCCAAGCCGAGCAACAGGAAAAAUGGAAUGCCCUAAGACAAAUUAAGGAUGAGCAUUACCAGGCUGUCAGAGCAGCCAACAGUUAUGAUUUCAACCAGCGUCAAAAGGCUCGUGAGAGACAAAAGGCUGAGUAUGAGAAGCAACAAAAUGAGCGCAAGAAGGAACGCGCCCAAAAGAUGCUCGAGGAGGCUAGUGACCCUGCCUACCUUGACGAAAUCAGAAAUGCCGAAUCUGUUCUCCGAUACCUUGACCCAACCUUUACCACAACCAAGGCACCAUUACAAGCUCCUUCAGGACUUGAGGCUGCUGCUGGACGUACCGUUGAUGAUUCCGGGCUCAAGGGAACCAGAGUCUUGAAGAAGGAAGACCGUGAGGAGGAUUUCAUGAAGGGAACUGGAGGCAAGAAGGGAAAGAAGGGCAACAAGAGAAAUGCCGCAGCCGCUUCUACCCCAGCUUCAGCGAAAUACAGUUGUCCACCAGCUGUUAUGGAAGAUCUAGCCAAGAUGGGAAUUGACCCACCAUUCAGCGCAGCUGAUGUCCCAGCUGUUACCGAGAAGGUCAAGGCCAAGCUGACUCACUGGAAGGAGGACCAAGCUGUUCAAACCAAGCGCGUAAGUUUUGAAAUACUUAUCUACAAUCCUUUGCAAUAGGCUAAAACCAAAAUAGAACAUUGAGAAAGCUCAAAAGGAAGUCGAGAGACUUGACGCUGAAGAAUCAGGAACUGCCACCCCAGCCUCAGAAAUUCCAGCGACCAAUGGACAUGGCCAUGGCGAAACUAAGGCUACCGCUGGUGCCGACGAAGGUGGAUCCGUCGCAAAUGAAGUCGAGUUAAUUAAAGAGGGUGAAAAGGAUGCAGCAGCUGAUUUGAGUGGUGCCGCUAAAGAGGAUGCAGAGGAAUCUUAGAUUACCUUUAUCAUAUCCACGUACUUAUGCAUUUUAAAGCAUGUGAUGGCGAGUGGUGGGGCAAUGGAGGGACAGUUGGAGUAAGGAAACAUACUGUGGUCUGAUCUAACGAUUCUGACCUGAUGGAUGGAUGGAUGGAUGGAUGGAUGAGGAUAAAUGAAUGGAUGAGGAUAAAUGAGUGGAUAGAUGAAUAGAUGUUUGUUAUUAAUAUGAAACAAACCAAUUCAUUAAAUCAUUAUAUUCAAAUCUCUAUCUUACUUUUCUCUCCAAGUUUCUAUAUCUAGAUUUAUUCAAGAUUUUUUUUAUUUAAUCAAUAUCAA